AUGGAUCAGCCGUGUACCAGCAAUGGGGGUUCCUACGUAGAGCAGAGAGAGCAGAAGCGCAUACCGACGCUGUGCACUCAGGGUUGCAUGCCUCAGGACGGUGUCCUAAGACGCCGCGCCAAGAACCCGUUUGUUGGACGUCGUGGGCCCCUUGUCAAGCUGUAUUGCGACAACACCACGAAUUUUGUUGGUGCAGCUCGCAUGCUAAAGGAGCGUGUGGAGGGCAUGGAUGCCAAGGACGAGGCUCUCAACGCUUAUGCUGCGGCCCACCGGUUUUCAGUGGAGUUCAUCCCUCCUCGAGCUCCGCACAUUGGAGGCCUGUGGGAGUCAGCGGUGAAGUCCGCCAAACAUUUGCAGCUCAGGGCCAUGGGCAACGCAGUGCUCAAGGAGGUGCUUCUCGUGGAAGUCGAGGCCGUACUCAACUCCAGGCCAUUGGUGGUCGACAGCGGCAGUCCCAACGACGGGGAGGUGCUGACUCCCGCGCAUCUACUAGUCGGCAGAAUGCUAGUUUCUCUGCCGCCCGAAUUAGGGCUGCCCAGACUAGACAACAGCCUAUCGUAUCUGCAACGAUGGCAGCUCGUGUCUGCCAUCAAGCAAAAAUUCUGGAAAGAUUGGUCCAGAGACUAUCUUCUCAGCCUUCAGCAGCGAGGGAACUUGUCCGAGGAGGUCGCCAAUCUGGAGCCAGGCAGAGUGGUGGCAAUCCACGAGGACAACGUGCCCCCUCAAAUGUGGCUCAUAGGAGCAGUGGAGGAGGCAAUCCCAGAAGCCGACGGGAAUGUUCACGUGGCCGUAGUGAGGACUAAGGCCGGAAUUUAUAAGCGGUCCAUCCAUCGAUUGGCGCCGAUUCCAACAGAUUGA